UCUCUUAUUUUCAUUUAACAAACAAACAAACAAUCCUCCAACCAACCCACUUUCAGCCACUCCACUCUCCAAUUCUCUUCCUCUUCCUCUGUUUUUUGGGUGUUUUUUUUUUCUUGUUAAAGAUGAGUAAUUUUACAGGUUCGCAUUAUGAUAAUAGUGGGUGUGAAUCGGGGUGGACAAUGUAUUUCGAGGAGUCGAUCGAGAAGGAGGAAAGGUUUCGGGGGAGUCCGGUGGAUUAUGGCGGCGGAGAGAAGGAGGAGGAAGAAGGGGAUUUGUCGAUGAUUUCGGAUGCAUCGUCGGGGCCGAGGAACGGGUAUUAUGAGGAGAAGGAUUGUCCGUCAGUGCUGCGGAGUGGAGGGAAAUUGGUGGCCGGGAAAAGUAAGAGGCAAGAGGAAAUGGGGUGGCGGAACCAACAUUCUUGCCUUGAUGAUACUGCAAGCUCCCCUGUUUUGGGGCUUUCUAAGAUCAGAGAGACGAAUAAUCCAUACAGAAACGAAGGUUUGGCGGAUAAUGCAAAAGAAUUCUCCCAAACCCAUUCUCGAAAACAUGGCAAGAAACAAACAAGCUUCUUCCAGUCUUCUUCAGUAAAAAAGUUGGCCAAAAAUGUCUCAGGUGAUUAUCCAGAACAGUAGAAGUGGAACGAAGAGAAUAAUUAAAUGAAAUGACAGAGACACGAGAAGAUCGUGUGGAUUAUUAUUAUUUUGUUGGUUCUCUUUUAUCAUUAUUUUUUCUUCUUUUUACUCGAUUUUCUAUGGCUUUAUUGCUAAUGCAGCCAAUUGAUUGAAAAUAUUUGAAUUAUAAUUGUUUGGGAAGUUAUUGUAUUAUUGUUAUUGUUCUUUUUCAAGAAGUGUAUAUUGCAAAAAAGUUAUAUAUAUCACCCAUAAUUUGUCCCUUGUA